AUGGAGAAGCAUCUAAGAGCUCAAGAGGAGGCUGCUGGAGAAAACUCGGCCUUGACAGAGGUGCCCACAGACGUAAUCUCCUACAUACUUUUGAGACUGCCAGUUAAGAUGCUGUUGCGAUUCAAGUGCGUUUCAAAAUCGUGGUGCUCCAUCAUCGAACACCGGUCGUUUGCUGAUUUAGUUUUAGCUCAGUUACUUGGUCGCUUCGACAUCACCUUGCUCAUCUGUAUCAUGGACAACAUUGAGCCAAGUUGCUUUGGCCGUGUUGGCCGCAGGCACUUCAGCUUAGACCAUCAAACUGGAUUAGCCACUCCCUUGAGCCAACUGGGCCAGACUAUCAACAUGACUGUGGAGGAUUCGCAGAGCGUCAUUGGCCUAAUUUGCUUCGAAAUUGGGGAUCUUACUUACCUAUGCAACAUCAGCACUGGAGAGGUCAAGGCCCUUCCGCCUACCGGUCCCGAUUUCCCCGUCCAUUUGCACCGUAACAUCCGCAGCUUCAGUGUCUUGGGCUUUGAUCCGGUCGCAAAAGCACAGAGUCAUGGAGACAUGGGUUCUGAAUGCCCUCAACCAUUCAUGUGCAUAGGCCUGAAGUUGAUACCAUUCAGUGGUCCUCUGACGGUGUUAGACUAUGAGCACCUUGAGGAUGGAAACAUCAUCUGA